CUGGCGCCAUCUUGCGUUCGAGCCGCGCAGCUGCAACUCAAAGCGGCGUUAUUGUCGCUAGGCAACACUGGGCUCGUUUGCUGAGGAAGUGUUUUCCCAUCUCCGUGGUUUCCAAACAUGGCCGCCGGCAAGGGGAUUGUGGACAACGUUCGUCUAAACUUAAUUCACGUUGAGACUAUAAAGAAAGAGGAACGAUAUCAAAGACUUCACACCGAGUUCAGCAUCAACCCUUUCAGGAAAUUACAUGUCCUCCCAGACAAGCCCAUGUCCAGGAAACCUCCAGAAGCAACAUUAGAGGACACAACCUAUAUUGAGGCUUACCGAAGGGCCCAACUGGAACCAGCAAAGAAAUACCCCAUGCCUCUCACUGAAAGUCAAGAGAUUGGAUGGAUUCCAGGUCAACUGUCUUUCCUCCAGAUUCAAGAGGACCACCAGGACCCAAGGUUCAACUUCCGCCGAUUCAAGACCGACGUCACAAAAAAUGCAACUUUUGUCCGACGAGGCACAAACUGAACCAAGAGAAUGGAUUUGUU